UACCUUCGUCUCUCACCGAUACUCAAAUCCAACGAAAAUCCCCCAAAUUCCGAAACAAACCCUAGAUUUCUUCUUCUUCUCUCUCUCUCUCGGAAAAAAUGUCUGGUCGUGGGAAGGGAGGCAAGGGGCUGGGAAAGGGAGGAGCGAAGAGGCACAGGAAGGUGCUGAGGGACAACAUCCAGGGCAUCACCAAGCCGGCCAUCAGGAGGCUCGCUCGCAGGGGAGGCGUGAAGCGCAUCAGCGGCCUGAUCUACGAGGAGACCCGCGGGGUGCUCAAGAUCUUUCUGGAGAACGUCAUCCGUGACGCCGUGACGUACACGGAGCACGCCAGGAGGAAGACCGUGACGGCCAUGGACGUGGUCUACGCUCUCAAGAGGCAGGGCAGGACUCUCUACGGCUUCGGAGGCUAGGGUUUUUCGAUAUCUGAUGCUAGCGACUGUAGAUGUUGUCGUGUCUCUCUCUUUUGGCUUGUCAUCUGUUGAUCUCUACUUCUUCUGUCUAUUGUUAGUUUUAACUCCUUGUAAUCGUCGUGGGUUUACAGCGGUGGUAAUGGAUCUUUGAUUACUUUGCAAA